AAGCCAAAUUGGGUUGAGGUAGUUUUGCUUUGGAAAAUCCUUAUGAACAGUGCUAGGACGUUUUGAUCAAUGAUGAAUUGUAAUUGGUAUUAAAAGAGGUGUUAUUGUUAAAUGCCCUUUUUAGAAUUUUGAUGAUAUUUGCUUGAAUUUUUAUAUGGGUUAGAGUUAUAUGAGUGUGUUUUGUGGCCUCGAUGCUACUGCUUGAUUCUAUGGUGGCCAUUACUAGGUUGCAUCCGAAUCGUCUGGUUGCUGCUCUGUAUUAAUCCGGCGGCUAAUUAUGGUUAUUUAUUGUUGUUGCUGCAGAACGGUUGCUCUUGCUGGAUCCAUUUGAUGAGUCUUUUCCCCAAAUCCAUGAUUCUAUGUUUGUGAUCAGGGAAACCAUUAAAGGAAUCAUCAGAACUGAAACCUUCAGGCCAAGGUUCCUUUUUAAAAAGGUUUUAGUCCAAUGGAUUGGGUCAAGCUUACUCGUACGCAUCCUGACCUUGCAGGAUUGAAUGGCCAGUCAAAUAGGAGGCUUAUACCUAUGAGUGAAGUAAAACAACAUCAAUCAGAAGGCACCAUGUGGACAGUUGUGCAUGGACGUGUGUAUAACACUUCUCCAUACAUGAAAUUUCACCCUGGAGGAAGAAGCCCUAGAAUGGAAGAGAUGCCGGAGAGCGUACGGAGCAGUUUGGGACAUAGCAAAUCCACCAAGGGGUCCUCUAACAGUGAGGUUCUUCUUAGAUGGAAGUGUAAGUAAGAGAGCUAGAUGGGUUUUGGUUCCUAAAUUCAUCCUUACUUAUUGGCAAGCUGGUGUUGCUUAUGAUACUUCUAUUCAACUUAAAUAGAUAAUUUAGGGCUACUUUAUUCAUGUUUAAUUAAUUAUAUAUAUGCUGGAUUCUUAAUUAAGAUCAUGAAUCAUUGUAUGAUUUUGUGGAGCAAUCCUACUUAAUUAAUUUUUUUUUUUGUUUUGUUUUAUUUUAAAAGCCACAAUUGGCAUCUUUAAUGAGUGAGGGGUUUGUACUUUGUAUUGUAUACUUGUAUUGUGUGAGAACCAUGCGUACUUUAAAUCGUUAGUUUAAUUCUGCCAUGACUG